GGCGUCAGAUAGGGUUGUGUGUACAAAACCAAGCCACACAGAUAGUAGUGCUUGAGCUAGCUAGCAGAAGCUAGGCUACUUUUUCAGCUUUUUCAGCUAUCAACCUUCAGGGAAGAUGGAGAAGAAGAAAGCAAUAAUAAUGGAAGAAGUUGAAGGUGGGGGAGCCGAAGUUGAUGAGAUGAAAUGGGUUUAUGAUUCUUCAGUGGAUCAUAAAGGAAGACUUCCUCUUCGAGCUUCCACUGGUUCUUGGAAAGCGUCACUCUUCAUUAUUGCAAUAGAGUUCAGCGAGAGGCUGAGCUACUUCGGGAUAGCAACAAGCUUGGUGCUUUACCUGACGAAGGUGAUCCAUGAAGACUUAAAGACUGCGGCUAGGAACGUCAACUUUUGGUCUGGCGUCACCACUCUGAUGCCACUUCUUGGAGGCUUCGUUGCUGAUGCCUACUUGGGUCGCUAUUCCACUGUCUUCGCUUCUUGCAUCUUCUAUCUCCUCGGUCUGGCUCUGCUUUCCCUCUCAUGGUUCUUGCCAGCCCUCAAGCCAUGUGAUUCUGAUACGCCUAUCGCUGCAUGCACCAAACCGAGAAGGGUACACGAGGUGGCAUUCUUCCUUGCCAUCUAUUUGAUCUCCAUAGGAACGGGAGGACACAAGCCUUCGUUGGAGAGCUUCGGAGCCGACCAGUUUGACGACGACCACUCGACGGAGAGAAGGCAGAAGAUGUCCUUCUUCAACUGGUGGAGCUGUGGCCUUUGCUGUGGCCUCAUUCUGGGAGUGACCUUCAUUGUUUAUGUACAAGACCAUGUGAAUUGGGGCGUUGCUGAUCUUAUCCUCACUGGGGUCAUGGCCUUGUCCUUGCUUGUUUUCAUAGCAGGAAGGCCUCUUUAUCGCUAUAGGAAGCCCACCGGGAGUCCCUUGACUCCAUUGUUGCAGGUUCUUGUUGCUGCCAUUUCCAAGAGAAAGCUUCCAUAUCCUUCCGACCCUGCUCUGUUGUAUGAAGUCCCCAAAUCUAGUAGAACCGGUGCAAGGAUCUUGUGUCACACUCACAAACUCAAGUUUUUGGACAAGGCAGCAAUUGUUGAUCCGAAGGAAGGAGAAUCAGCUGAGAAGCAGAGUCCAUGGAAGCUGGCGACAGUAACCAAAGUGGAAGAAAUGAAGCUGAUCAUCAACAUGAUCCCAAUCUGGGUUUUCACUUUACCCUUCGGAAUCUGCAUCGCCCAAACCUCCACUUUCUUCAUCAAACAAGGAGCUUCCAUGAACAGAAAAAUCAACGACUUCGAGAUACCCCCAGCCUCGAUCUUCACCCUUGGAGCUAUAGGCAUGAUAGUCUCCAUCACCGUCUACGACAAGAUCCUCGUACCCAUCCUGCGAAGACUCACAGGCAACGAACGAGGAAUCAACAUCCUCCAGAGAAUCGGCUUCGGAAUGAUAUUCUCCAUCGCCACUAUGAUCGUGGCAGCCCUGGUGGAAAAAAAGAGGCUUCAAACCUUAGAAAAAGACCCGCUGAGAGGUCCACUUGCUAUGAGCGUGUUCUGGUUAGCCCCUCAGUUUCUGAUAAUUGGUUUCGGCGAUGGAUUCACACUUGUGGGGCUGCAGGAGUAUUUCUACGACCAAGUGCCUGAUUCAAUGAGAAGCCUAGGCAUAGCACUUUAUUUGAGCGUGAUUGGGGCUGCGAAUUUCUUGAGCAGUUUGCUGAUAACUGUCGUGGAUCAUGCCACGGAGAAGAGCGGGGGGAAGAGUUGGAUCGGGAAGGAUUUGAACAGUAGCAGGUUGGAUAGGUUUUACUGGCUACUCGCAGGGAUGACGACAGUGAAUUUGUUCGUGUUUGUGUUCUUCGCGAGAAGGUAUUCGUACAAGAAUGUACAGAAGGUGGUUGUGGUGGCUGAUUGCUAUGAAGGCAAGAGUGAUGAUAGCGUUGGUGGUGAUGGGGAAGGGACUCUGCAGGUUUAAUUAAUUGAAAGCACCUACUUUAGAGCAAGAGGCAUAGUAUAGCUUUAAUCUGUUUUGUAGGACUGUGGACCACUUACUUUCAUAUUUAAAUUUAGUGCUAGAUGGCAAAAAAAUAUGCGGUAUAUCAAUCUAGUGUCUAUAUAUUCUUAAGCUUUAAUUGCUUACUCGCAGAAGUUUGCUAAGUAAUUAAGUAUGGGCUUUACAUCUUUUA